AUGGAAAGUACGGAUUCUUCGACUUCAUCACAACAACCUCAACUGCCUCCGGGGUUUCGGUUUCACCCGACGGAUGAAGAACUUGUGGUUCACUACCUUAAGAAGAAAGCCGCCUCCAUCCCUCUUCCCGCUUCCAUUAUCGCGGAAAUCGAUCUUUAUAAGUUCGAUCCUUGGGAGCUUCCAGCUAAGGCAUCUUUUGGAGAACAAGAAUGGUAUUUCUUCAGUCCAAGGGACAGAAAAUAUCCGAACGGAGCAAGGCCGAACAGGGCGGCGACGUCGGGGUAUUGGAAGGCGACCGGGACAGAUAAACCGGUUUUGACAGCGGGUGGUACUGAAAAAGUUGGUGUAAAAAAAGCUCUUGUUUUCUAUGGAGGUAAACCACCAAAAGGUGUUAAAACAAACUGGAUCAUGCAUGAAUAUCGACUUGCUGAUAACAAAUCAUCUAUUUGCAAACCACCAGGUUUCGAUGCUUCUAGAAACAAAGGAUCUUUAAGGUUGGAUGAUUGGGUUCUAUGUCGAAUAUAUAAAAAGAGCAAUAUGCAGAGACCGAUAGAUGGAGAUGGUGGCGGUGGUAGUGAUCAUAUGAGCAUGAAUAUUGGGAUUUUAUCAUCUCCACUGCCGCCGGCGAGUAGGACGUCAUUCAAUCACCAGGGUGAGUUAAUAAAAAGUUGUACAGGAGGGUAUAAUCUUAUGCUAGACAAUCAUGGACACGACAACAACAAUCUCAUGUUCGACAACAUGUUAAACUCCAAUGCGGCCGACGCCAACUUGCAGAAUCAUGACAACAUUGUUUCCACUUCGAAUCUCCUUCCUAUGAAACGAUCCUCAUUACCAGGUGUGUUUUGGAAUGAAGAGGCGGGUAAUACAUCAUCUUCGACGUACACCAAAAUGUUCUUAACCGAUAGUAACCAGGAAGGGAGUCCAAUGGCUACACAACCGACGGCAACCACCACCACGGAGAUAAACAACAACGCAUCUAUGGGAAGUUUACUAAGUGAAAUGCCACAGCUGCAACAGCAAACAAUGCUUGUGGCUCCUGGAGAUCAAAGCAUAUUCCGGCAACCAUAUCAGCUUCCGGACAUGAAUUGGUACACGUAAUUAGAUUAUUUUUGGCAAGUGGCCGGGUGUGAAUGGAAUUUGAAGUUACAUAUGAAAAUAUGAACUUUGUUAAAUUUUGGUAAGACAAAAUGUCCUAGACUAGCUUGAUGGUCCGUCUGAAUGUGCAGCUGGUUAGCUACAUACCAAAUUUAGGUAAGAAGCAAUGGAUGAUGAUAUAUUUGCUUAAGCAGUGAUUUAUUUAGCUAGACUAGAUGUAGGACACAACUAUGUAAAAGAGAGGCAUAUAUAUAAGUUAUUAU